GCAGUUCCCACGGCCGGCUUCAUUCACAGGGGAGCUCGGCGGGCAGCGAGGCGCUGGGAGCCGUGGGGGAGUCGAGCCUGGCAGCCACGGCGUCCUCGUCCCCGCUAUGGGUGAUGCGGCGGUCGCUGGAUGACGUGCCCUGUGCCGGUUUCGAGGCCAACAUAUUCGCCGGGAGCCUGUGCCAGCACUGUUUGCGCGCCGCGGGGGCUCACCGGCACGCUGACCAGGAGCUGUGUUUUUCUUCCUCCUCAUCUUCAUCACGGCGACGGUGGGACUGCAUCCUCCUCUUCCCCGCAGGAGCAUGCCGUGGAGGUGGCAGGGCGCAGCGGCGGCCCCGAGGCAGAGCCGGGGGGGGCCUGGGACGCCGUCCGCAUCGUAGCACCCCGCUGCGAGGUGUACGUCUGCGUGGGCCGAGCCGACGGGGCGGCACGCUGGCAGCAGGGCAGGGCACGGCCCCCGCUCAGCCCCGGAGCCGAGGGCGAGCACGGAGAAACCGGCACCGAACCCCAAGGCUGUGCCGAAGGCGGCUCUGCGCUCGCCAAGGACUGGGAAAUGACCAGGCUGUGGGACAGCUCCUUGGGAUCGGGCAAACGGGACGCCAUGAGCCACGGGGGCCGCAAGGACGAGGCGCGGGCGCCGCAGGCAGACAGACCCAGGUGGGCUCAGCCCCUUCCCUCUGGAUCCUGGGUGAGGACGGAGGCCCAGAGCUGUAGGAAAGAAAUCUGCCCUCUGAAAGCAGCCCGAGGUCCCACCACCCAGAAGCCCGAGGAGAGCCGGGCAAAACCCCGCACGGGGAGCUGCCGUUUCUCCCUGGAUCACCCCAAACCCGACCCUCCCCGGGCUCCUUCGCCAUCACCUCGUGGCCGCGGCUCCUCUCUGACCCCCGGCAGGCUCCUGGCGUCCUCCUCCCGUCCCGGGGAGCCCCACGGGCACCCCGGCGGCGCGGGCACGGAGGGGAGGCGCGGGUUGGAGCGGCAGGAGUACACGGUGCUGGCGGACCUGCCCAAACCCAAGCGCCUCGGCCGCGGGGACGCCGCUGAGCGCUGCGGCUCCCGCACCCUCAGCCCCGGCCGGGUGGAGGUGGAGAGGAUAUUCGGCUGCGAGCGCAGGAAAUCGGAGACGCUGGAGGCUUUCCAGGCGCUGGAGGAGGGCCGCGUGGAGAGGCUGGAUGGGAAGACCCCGCUGCCACCCAGCAAAGGCCGCCUAGGUCGCCGGCAGUCCAGCCCCAGCCUGCCCAGGGAGGGCCAGCGGCUCUCCUGGCACCCCGAGCAGCGCAGCAGAGACCCCAAAGAGCUCCGGCGCUCCCCCAGCCCGGCUCGGCUUCCGGAGAGGACCGGGACCCCCUUGCGCCCCGUGUGCCCAUCAUCACGGGCGGAGAGGGACUGGAGGAAGCCAAGGGACUCCUCGAGCCCCACUCGGCAGCUGGAGAGGGGCAGCAGCAGCCCGCGCUCCCCCAGCCCCAAUUUCAGGUCGGAGCAGAGGGCAGGGAGGGCUGCGAGCCCUCCCCAGCGCUCGGAGAAAGACUGGAGGAGCCAAACGGAGAGGGGCCGAGCUGCCUGGCAGGCUGGGAACGUGGGGAAAACGGCGGAGAGGAAGAGCCUGGGGGAUUCCCUGCGCCCCCCGAGUUUUGGGAAGGGCUCGGAUAGCGUCAGGCUGGGCCGGGCAGGGCCCCCACGGUGCACGAGUCCCCUGGGACGGACGGAGAGCGCGUGGAAAAGCCAAAAGGAGAUCUCCCCAGCUGGCCCAGCACGGGGGGCAGAGAGGAGAUGGGGGAACCCAGGGGAGCCUCUGCACGCCAGGGGCUCCGGGAAACAGCCCGAAUGUGGCUGGCAGAGCCUGCGGGAAAAACUGCAGCCUCCCCUCCCCGGGAAGGGCACGGACGGCGAGUGGAGAGGCCGAGGGAAGCCGCUGCGCCCCACGAGCCCGACGCGCCCGCUGGAGCAGGACUGGAAGGGCCGUGGAGAUGGCCAGCAAGCUCUGAAGCCAGAGAAGGACUCGAAGCUCCAGGAGAAGCCCCUGUGCCACGUGGAUUUGAUGCACCAGCUGGAAAAGGACUGGAGAAGCCCCGGGAGAUGUCUAGACGUGUGGCCACGGCCGGAUGACAGCUGGAGAAGGCCCGAGAGUCCAGUGCAGCAGCUGGAAGAUGACUGGAAGGCACCCGAGCUCACCCAGGACUCAAACAACCCCGAAAAGCCUUUGGAAAGCGACUGGGGGAGCAAGAAGCUUCCUAUUUACCACCCCCAGCUGGGUGGAGGCGCCUUCCCAGCACAAAGCUCCUCGGGAAGCCAGCACCAAGCCCCCAAUGCCGGUGAGAGACGCAACAAGCCAGAUCUCCUCAAUUUCAAGAAGGGAUGGAUGUCCAUCCUGGACGAGCCAGGAGAGUGGAAGAAGCACUGGUUCGUGCUGACCGACUCGAGCCUGAGGUAUUACAGGGACUCCAACGCCGAGGAGGCCGAUGACCUCGAUGGCGAAAUCGAUCUCCGCUCCUGCACGGAUGUGACGGAAUUCGCGGUGCAGCGCAACUACGGCUUCCAGAUCCACACAAAGGAUGCCAUCUUCACGCUGUCGGCGAUGACCUCGGGCAUCCGGCGCAACUGGAUCGAGGCGCUGAGGAAGAACGUGCGCCCCGUCAGCGCCCCGGAUGUCACCAAGCUCUCCGACUGCAACAAGGAGAACGCGCUGCGCAACUGCGUCCCGGCCAGGGGCUCGCUGCGGGCAGAGGAGCAGCAGCAGCAGCGGCCGGGCUCCGAGGGGAGCACCAAGAGCAGCCCCUGGAAGGCAGACGGGCAGCGCCAUGCCUUCGACUACGUGGAACUGUCCCCCUUGCAGCAGGACCCCCCCAGCCAGGGCUCCCCGCCGAGGACGAGAGGCAGCUUGAGGGGCUCGGAGCGAGCCCCCAAGCACCACGAGGAUCUGGAGCGGGAUCUGGCUCUCCGCUCGGAGGAGAGGCGCAGGUGGUUCGAGAGCCCCGACAGCGGGGUGCCCACCGCCGACGGGCUGGGGGGGGACUCAUCCCGCAAGGCUGGGGAGCCGGAUCUGCCCCCCAGCCCGCUUUCGGAGGAGCAGCGGGCUCGGCUGAACGAGGAGAUAGAGAAGAAGUGGCUGGAGCUGGAACGCCUGCCCUUGAAGGACUCGCGGCGGGUGCCCCUGACAGCGCUGCUGAACCAGGGCAAGGGAAACCAAGGCGGAGACCUCAACGAGGCGCUGAGAAAGGAGGUCCAGUCGCUGCGGGCGCAGCUGGAGUCCUGCCGGGCCAAAAACGAGGCGACAAAACCCCAGGGGGACAGCCACGUGCCCCGGGGGUACAUCUCUCAGGAGGCCUGCGAGCGCAGCCUGGCCGAGAUGGAGUCGUCCCACCAGCAGGUGAUGGAGGAGCUCCAGAGGCACCACCAGCGGGAGCUGGAGCGGCUGCGGCAGGAGAAGGAGCGGCUCCUGGCAGAGGAGGCUGCGGCCACGGCAGCGGCCAUCGAAGCACUGAAGAAAGCCCACCGGGAGGAGAUGAACAAGGAGCUGGGCAGGACACGAAGCUUUCAGCAGUGCGGCUCCAGCUCGGAUGCCCUCCAGAAGCAGCACCAGUUGGACGUGGACUCCCUGAAGCGGGAGCUGCAGGUGCUGUCGGAGCAGUACUCCCAGAAGUGCCUGGAGAUCGGGCAGCUGAUGGAGAAAGCGGAGGAGCGGGAGCAGACGCUGCAGCGCUGCCAGCAAGAGGGGAAGCAGCUCCUGCGGAAGAACCAGGAGCUGCAGACCCGCCUCUCGGACGAGAUCGGGAAGCUGCGGAGCUUCAUCUCCUCGCGCUGCUCCGGGGACCGCUCCCAGAACAACGAGCGCAGCUCCUGUGAGCUGGAGGUGCUGCUCCGGGUGAAGGAGAACGAGCUGCAGUACGUGAAGAAGGAGGUGCAGUGCCUCCGGGAGGAGCUGCAGAUGAUGCAGAAGGACAAGAGAUUUGCCUCAGGGAAAUACCAGGACGUCUACGCCGAGCUGAAUCACAUCAAGGUGCGCUCGGAGCGGGAGAUCGAGCAGCUGAAGGAGCACCUGCGCCUGGCCAUGGCGGCCCUGCAGGAGAAGGAAUCGCUGGGCAACAGCGUCAGCGAGUAACGGUCUGUUCUUCGUUUGUUUAUCUAUUCCUGUUUUUAAUUUGCUCCGUUCCUCACUCGUGGGGAGGGGGAGGUUGAAUCCCAUCCGUUAUCGCCUUGGCACGACGUCCCCCCUCCCCGGCCAGCCUCCCCUCACGCCCCUCCUGAAGCUUUCGAUGAAGCCCUUCAAGCCCCUCUCGCCUGCGUAUCUGAGCACGUCGUUUGGACUGGCUCCUAACAUGCACCUUCUUCGGGAUUUUAUAUGUGAAAAUUAUAUUUUAUAGUGGAAUUUUUGUCUUCCCCCGGGAAGAAGGGAAAGAGGAGGGGGGAAAGUGCUUUCUGACCUGAGGAAAAUAAGAGAAUCUCUCCCCCCUCUCCCCAGCCCCCUUUCUCCCGGCCCUGCAGCCACCAUUGGCACUUCUUGUGCCCUCUCUUCCCCCCAUCUCCGUGGCCCUACGGGGUCAUACAGCGAGGACACUGCUCCCCUGGGGAGAAGACACCCAAAGCCAUAGGAGGGAGCCGACGGGGCCGCAGCUGCGCUCGCCCAGGACUUUGAAAGAGGAGACCUUGGCACGAGGCUGCAUGAUCAAGCUCUCAGUGACUGUCCUUCGGUUCUGCCUUGGCAGAGCCUCAACCCCCUGGCACCUCCCUGCCCGCCCUCCCUUGGGACGGGGAGAGCCCCCCGUUUUUUUGGGGGGGCAGAGGAGCUGCUGCCAUGCUGUGCAGCCAGCCCCGAGGUGGGAGCUGCUGCUACGCCGUGCCCUUCACUUCUUAACUUAAUAAAAUCUUUCCAUUUUGCUGAUGAAAAA